UUAUAAAAAAAAAAUUUAUGUUAUUAAAGCAGAUAAUUUGUGGAAUUAGGGAAUACUUAUUCACAUACACAUACACACAUUUCAAAUUCGUGCAUACGCAUGAUCAGUUCGUUAGUGCUUGAUAUCUCGAUUCGCGGGGCAGAACGACACUUUUCUGCCAGAUUUGUUCAUUUCGUGCGAAAACAUGUACAAUAAGUCCAAUUUCAUAAAAAUCGAAGGUGCUGGGGGUAUUCUGAAUAAUUUAUUAACUAUUUAAUUUAUUUAAAAAUUCAAAAUCACGGAUUAGCGGGGGCACCAGGAGCGGAAAUAGCGAGGACCGACGCGCCCCGCGCAUGCGCGAGAGAGGAUGUGAGGGGGGGGAGAAGCCGGUCCUCGCGGAGCGCGCCGCGCCGGGCGCGGACGGAUCUCGCGGUCGCCGAGGGGAUCGCAAUGGCCGGCGCGUUGUGCCGGGCGAGGAUGCGGGAAGAUGGCGGCGACGACGGCAGCGGCAGUGGCGGUGGAGGAGUCGUGCGAGGUGAAGCGUGCCGACGUUCCGCGCGACGUUGAGAACGCGACGGCGAACGGGACGGGCGAGCCGCGCGCGGCCACGCCGCGCCGGCAGCCCGAGCUUUACCGUUUUCGCGCCACCGACCUGCUGUACUACGCGUCCUCGGCCAGUCUCUUUCUCGCGGACGUAGCAACAGACAGCAUUGUAUGUGUGGAAUACCUUUUGCAAGGCCGCUCAGCGUGGGGAUGCUUUGCAAUGGGUUUCAUCGUCUUACCCGCUUGUGUUACCCAACUAUUUAGUUUGAGAUGGCAUCGCAGCGACGGUUCCCUGCGGACUGUUCACUGGUUGCUGCACUUCCUCCUACUUGGCUUUUUGCACAGGUACUUGACUUUGCUUUAUACUGCAGUGCACUCUUUGAGAAAUAAGAGCUUCAAGGAUAAGAAUUGGGUAUAUCGACAAGAAAGCGAUAUAUGUAUGUUGCACUUGUUUGAAUCGUUUAUGGGGGCUGCUCCGCAGUUGAUAUUGCAGCUGUAUAUCAUUACGAUAUUAAACCACGCACCGCUUUGGACAAGCGCCUCCGUCAUAACUUCCUUUUGCUCCCUGAUCUGGGCUGUGAGUACAUAUGUUAGAGCCAUGCAUAAUAUUAAUCGCGAGCGCAGCAACGCAACUUGGGUCGCUCUUGCUCUUCAGGCUCUCUGGCGCGGCGGUAUGCUACUAUCGAGAAUCGGAGUUUUGGUACUAGCAGCUGUCUUCUUGAAAGCAUGGUUCUUCCUAUUUCUAGGUCUGCAUUGGCUGUUCAUGACGAUCUGGGUGAUCCUGCAGAAGACCGAGUUUUGCCCCACUGUGUGGGAGGAGCGCAUCUAUAAUUGCAUUAUCGGGCUAAUCUACUGUUUUGAUUUCUUCAAUCUGCGCGACGGCAGAUCGCGCUACCGCGUGCUCGUCUUUUACUCGGUGAUCGCGGCGCAGAAUCUGAUCUUCUUGAUUAUGUAUACGUUGCGCUUCAAGGACACCGUCGCGAACGACGUGAUGAUCGCGAUUGCGACCGUAAUCGUCGGCUGUAUGCUCGUCGGUCUGGUGAGCAUGUCACUGUAUUACGGCAAAUUUCACCCGUCAAGAACGACAACGAACAUCUCGCGAAAUAUCAGCGAGCAUUCUACGGUUAUGAAGGCUGACACACCUAGGUCCUUCAAGCUGUUCCAUCGCGGCUCCUUAGUGUCGUUGCAUCACUCCAUCGACAUCUCACCGAGGACCGAGGAGAUGCCCACCGACAAACAAUCUUUGCUUACGAAUAUUGCGCAGAUUUCCGAUUGCGCGGAGGAGGGUAUUGUUAAUCGUAACUACAGCUCGGAGAAGGAAUCCAACGCUAGCGCUGUGCGCGUUUCCGCCGAAUGCGAGAGACCGCACAGUUGCGUCGGCUCCAAGCACAAGGAGGAGGUUGCGUUGUCCAACGACAAUCUGGACAACGCGUUGACCAGCGGUGCGCCGUUGAGUUCCCUGUACCCGGGUCUGCCAGAUAUCGAUUCGUCCCGAAAACGUCGCGGUAUUUACGAGCACGACAUCACGCCGCAGUUGGAUUGGCACGCCCCGGAUAUACUGAACAUCGAUCUGGAUCAGCUCGGCAACCUCGACUCCGAGCGGAGAAAUUCUCUCACGCUGAAUUCCUGCAGUAAAGUGAUCGGCGCGUUGGACGUUAUCAAGAAUCGAGGAAAGCUGACAACCCCGACGCCGUUGGAGAGCAGCAGGAUAUUCGAUAUAGAGAAGGUGUCGAAGGACCUGCAGCAGCAGCAGCGAGAUGAGACGAUGAGCUGCGUGACAUCGAUCCACGACUAUGAGAACGUGUGUCCGCUGGGCGUCGCUCGGCCGCCUUGGUGCAUCCGCAGCUGGAAGGGCUACAUGGACAUCGAGACGUACAUCCAUGACGACAGCGUAGUGCGCGAUCGGCGGCGAGACACCCUGACGAGCACGACCGGCACGACGUACAGCUCUGAAUAUUCUGAUGGCAUGAUCUCACGAGGGAUAUUGAAGCAAGAUGAUUACGCGGACGCUCUGACUUACGAUCUGAUAGAAUCUAAGGGUAACAAGUCGUCUUACAGCGACAGCACAUUCUCCACAUCCACUGUGGAUGAUCAGAACACAAGUCUGUAUGUAGCCAAGCCAGUAGUGUUCGACGAUCGGGGCGGCAUGCUCGCGUUGGAUACGAUACUGGAGGAGCGCGACGAUUCGUCGUCAUCAGACGAAAAAUUUCAGCACGGAACGGAACCGUCGCGUGACUCCGCAAGUACCUUGGUGAGCACGAUAGACCAGAUCAGACGGUACACAGCGGAGAACUCGCCGCGACAUAUUUAUCACACCACUGGGACUCAGUGGGAAGAUCUGAAUCCCAAGAAUUUGAUGGCACGGGCGCACUUUGCCAAAGUGUUGUUCGAUAAUGAUCUCAGGAACGCCUCGGCGACGACCGGUUCAAUCAAUCUAACCGCGCGGGACAUCGAAAAGCGCGAGAUAGAUGCGAUCAGGGAGUUCGUCCGGUGUUGCGAGUCUAUCAAGAAAACGCCUCUGAUAGAUGCGAUUCUGUCAGACUCGCCGAUUCUGGGCAGCAGGGCGAGCAAGCUCGUACGGCAAGUCACGUUCGCGGAUUGCAAGAACGAUUUUGACGCGAACGAAAGCGACCUGUACGUCGAAAUGAGUCCCUUGGUGUCCGUCGAGAACGGCGAGAACUCGUGUCAGGCUAGGUCCGCCGACGCGAAGAUUGCCGAGGCGGAGAGCGUCGUCAAGGAGAACGAGCUUCCCACGAUAUCAAAGAAAACGUCAGACAAAGAAAAUUUAUCACCGAUCUUAUCAAACAAUAACAGGCAGAUUAAUAAUAUGUACGAUAAUGAUAGGUACGAUAAUGAUAGGGACAAUAAUGAUAGGUACGCUUGGACCAUAGAAAGGGACGAGAAAAAUGAUAAGUCACUGUGCAACAUGCGUUUCAAUCUGAAGGAGAAGAGACACUUAUUUCUGGAGCAAGUUCUCUCGCCGGUUCCUAAACUCUGGAACAAACGCAUUUCCUUUCAUCCGAGCACCAAAAAUUUAUAGUAAAUCAACUACUUGUGUUUCAUAGCUGAAAAUCAAAAUUUGAAACUCCUUUAUCGAAUUACAUAUUUACAAGGAAUUGGAUUCGUUUUAACGUGAAACAGCUCAUUUUCAUCGAACCAAAAAUUUAUAGCGGACUCCAUUUGUUUUUUAAUACUCGACAAUAUUAUCUUUCAUAGGUGAAAUUAAAUGGCAGCUCAGUUCUAUCUUGUUCAAGUAUUUUUCAUUUAUGUUUUAUUUAGGAACUCUUUAGAAGUUUUAGGAAUUUUCUCGUAUAGGAGAUCCAAUGCAAUAAAAAAUUAAUCUUAAUCUAUCAAAAAAUUGGAUACUCUUUAUCUUACAUUUUUGCUGUACGUAUUCAGUUACAAAUAUAAAUCAGGAGAGUAAUUUAUACGAUGGAAAGGGUUAACUAUUUUUUUAAUUACAUAUUUGAUGUCAUUAAGACAAUGCAACGCUUUGUAAAUUAGGAAAAACUUUGACAUACAGAACAUUUUCGCUUCCAAGCUGAACACGAGUGAUCCUGUAAGCAUGCGAUAAAAAACACGUUGGUACCUUCUCAACAUAUCAAAUUCUGUAUUAUAGAUGUUAAUUAAUUGCAAUUCGCAUAGCUUAUCACAAAUAUCAUUGUAUAAUUUAUUUUUGGAAUCUUUAUCCUCUUCAAAAUUCAUAAUUGUUAUAGGAGUGAUUCAAUUAAUAUACUAGUGGUUUGAAUCACUUGCUGUCCUCUGUUCAUAGCUUUCUCAUUGUUUUGAUUUUUAUUGUUUACGCAAAACGUCGAAUCCGUCCUGUUAUCCGUUUCUUAUCGAAUAUGAUUAUAGUUUAGAGGAUAGGCCAAGGAUGGUUUGACUUUUCCGUACCUUCUGCCGUUUCGCGACUGGCAUAUUCCGAUUUCCUUCUUGUCAGAGAGAAAAACACCAUAGUACAAAUCCCACAAUAUAUAUAUCGUCACUCGUUAAUUAGGCACACAUCUUAAUUUUUACUCAUGACACUUUAAGCUGCGUCGCGUUUAUCUUUAUAAAUGACGAAGUAAACGCGAUGUGAGCGUGUGAUACGCACCGUCCCAUUGUUACAAGAUAAAACGGUAACGACUUAAGUCUAAUAUUGCGCUUUUGCAAUUAAUGUAUAUAAAAUGACCUAUUUUACAUCUCGUACACCUCGAGAUUAUUUUUGUACACAUUUUAUUAUGUACAAUAAAGUGACUUUGUAUAAUAAA